AUGUUGAUGUUUUGUUUCUGCUCCGUGUCGCCGAACGAUGUGAUCUGGUUUCGCUCAGUCGUGUUUUUUUGGGUUCCCGCUGGUCUCUUGGUGCUUCUACCCGGUGGUGUGCUGCUUGUCGACCCUGUGCCUCCGGUGUUUCUCCGGAAUCGUGAGAUGAUGGAGGACUUUGAUGAGAUCUACGAAGAGGAGGAGGAGGAGGAAGAAGAUGAAGACAGGGCCGCAGAGGAGCAGCUUCUCAAAUACUCCCCAGACCCCGUGGUGGUUCGCGGAUCUGGACAUGCCACCGUAUUUGGACUAAGUAACAAAUUUGAAGCAGAAUUUCCGUCAGCACUCACUGGAAAGGUGGCACCAGAGGAAUUCAAAGCCAGUAUUAACCGUGUGAACAGCUGCCUGAAGAAAACGUUACCUGUGAAUGUGCGGUGGCUCCUGUGUGGCUGCCUCUGCUGCUGCUGCACAUUAGGCUUCAGCUUGUGGCCCGUCAUCUGCCUCAGCAAAAGGACCAGGCGCUCUUUAGAAAAGCUGUUGGAGUGGGAGAACAACAGACUUUAUCACAAGUUGUGUUUGCAUUGGAGACUAAGCAAAAGGAAGUGUGAAACUAACAAUAUGAUGGAAUAUGUAAUACUCAUAGAAUUCCUGCCCAAAAUCCCCAUCUUCAGACCGGACUAG